AUGGGUCUUUUGGACUCGGCCGACCAGAGUUACUUGAGUCAGGCUGGCCGCGUCACGCCCGGUGAUGGUUCUGGUGGCUCACCCAUUUCUCAGACGGCCCAUUUGAGGGGCAUUGGGUCUGGGGCUAGCGGGAGUGGCAGCAUGGGCAUGGGCGCGCCAGGCAGCGGUAGUGGAUCGCCUGAGGAGCCACAAAAGCCACGCAGUCUUCGGUUUACUUGGUCAAUGAAGACGACCAGUAAUAUGGACCCCAACGACAUGAUGCAGGAGAUCAAAACUGUGCUACAACAGAAUGCCUGCCGCUAUGAGCAAAGAGAGCGCUUUCUGCUCAUCUGUGGCUACGGAGAUGCUGCUGCGGACUCCAGUGUCCAAUGGGAAAUGGAGGUGUGCAAAUUACCGCGGCUCAGUCUGAACGGGGUGAGAUUCAAAAGGAUCUCUGGUACCUCAAUCGGAUUUAAGAAUAUCGCCUCCAAAAUUGCCAAUGAACUCAAGCUGUGA